AUGUCAAAACUGCGGCAUUACAGGUCCAUGGAUCAGACCAGCAGCGGCGUCGUCAUACGCAAAAAGACUAUGACAGCCGUAUGCUUUGUGUGCAACCUGCCCAUAAUGUCGCAUCAGGUUGGUCUGGUGUGGCAGGGCGGCAAUGGCUGGGACGACUUGGUGCGCGAACAGCUCGAAGAAUCUACGAUACGCCAGCGUCUUGGAGGCCGUCGCGAUUCGGCCGCACAGAUCACAACGCCGCCGAGCUCAUCACCGCCUCCUGGCUUGCAACGACGCCGGCGCAGCUCGCUGGCUCAACUCACUGACAUCUUGCGCGAAUGGAGCGGCGGUUCCAGCAGGCAGCAGCAGCAGCAACAACAGCAGCAGCAGCAGGCGGCUCGCAACAAGGCGCAUCUGAAUCGCCGCGAAACGCUAGCCGAUCUGGCACGCAGCCUUCCCUGGCGCACCUCCACCACAGAUGCCAGCACUGGCGGCAACGUUGGAUCCGGCUCCGGCAGUGGGGUCGGGAACACCACCUAUGUGACGCCGCGCAAGCGACGCGAAUCGAGUGCCGAUUCUGGGAUACGCAGCAUACGCUCCCGCCGCGACUCCAGCACCACCGAGUUCGUCAAGCACUGGAACCGUCGCGAGAGCACCACAGUUGAGGAGCAGUCCAGCAGCGUCGUUGUGCCCAUUGUUGUCGAGUGCUCGAAGAGUGCCUCGCGACGCGGCUCCGGCGAGAGCUAUUUGUCUAGCAGCCGACGCGACAGCAAUGCUGCGAGUCGCGUGACAACGCCGCCUCCACCACCCAAAUACCAGAUGACCAAGAAGCGUGACUCGUUGGCCGCACCGGAAUUUCCCAAUUUUCGGCAGGAGCAGCGUCCCUCGACCAGCUCCGCCGGCUCCUGCUCAGACUCUGUGCCAUUGAUCUCAACCAGCACUUAUCACCAUCAGCAGGUAGAUUCCGCCUGCCAGGCAUUGCCGCCGCCGACCAUUAUAACCAGCUCGGUAACGCCGCCGGCCACCAGUCCGACGGCGCCGAAGGGUCGCCGGGACUCCACCACGCAGUGCGGACGUGUCAAUCGGCGCGACUCCAAGGCGGGCAUCAGUCCGGAACGGGCGCCACGGCUGCAGCGACUACAGCGGCAAGCAACCGCCUUCGAUGAGAGCUGCCUGCCCGGCGGCAGUCGACGGGGCUCCCAGCCAGCACUCAGUCCUGAUCCACCCGAGGACUGUGAGCGUCGCACCUCACGGCGCGAUUCCCUCUCGCCGGACAGCGCAUCGCGCGGCGGUCGACGCGACUCCCGCACACAUCUCUCGCCGGAUCGCUCGCACGAGCGCGACGGAAGUCCCAGGCGGCAUACGCUGCGACGGCAAAGCAGCUCGGCGGCCCGUUCACCACGCUCCCCGGACUCCAACAGCUGCUCCUCAUCGCGUGAUCCCAGCCCGUGCUCGCGCCCGCAAACGACCACCGUCGAACAGAAUCAACGGCCCGCCAUACGGCGCCAGUCCACCACCGAGGAGAUUCUUAUAGCGCGCGGCUUCCGUCGCCAAUCGACCACCGAGGAAAUGAUACGUUGUCGCAACUUUCGACGCCAGAGCUCCCAGAGCGAUGAUGUCUGUCGCUAUCGUGGCAGACGCGACUCAUCGGCCCAGAUCAUUGAUGGCACCAUCGGCACCAUGACCGUGGAAACAACUAGCACCUUUUUUGACUCCAGCACCCAGACAGAGCCUUCACCGCUUUAUGAUAAUAAUCAUUAUCAUGAGGAAUGUCUGCGCUGCAAUUCGUGUGGUUUAAAUUUGACUGGUCCGAACCAGAAGCGUGCCAGAAGGUUCAAGAACCAAAUACUGUGUGAUCUGCAUUUCGCUGACGUGGCCCUAAUGGAGUGCUCCGAUUUUAUGCAACAGCUGCGGAGCUUUAAGCCACAAUCUUUGGGCUGUGCGGUCGCCAGGCGCAAGAGCUCAACGACGUUAAUAUUUCCACUGCCGCCGCAAGCUUGUUCAGAUGAAUUUUGCGAGGAGUAUCCGCAUAAUUUGAUGCCCACACCUGGCUAUUGGAUAGAGUGUUCACGACAGAAAAUAACGCUGCCCACGCCGCAUACGAUUUGGGAUGAGAGCGAUUCGGAGCACGAGGAUAUACGCGCUGGAAGUGCCAGCGAUGCGUAUUUGGAGCGUGAGUGCAGUGACCUCUAUGAGGACGAUGAGGAUUCGGAGGCAACGCCCAGUCCGCGCAAAAAAACAACCAUUGAGGAGCAAUGGGACCAGCAGGGCGCCUUUGAGCUAAUCUCUGUGGAGCAGGAGACAUACGAGAAAUACUUUUAUGGCACUGAGCAUUGGAAUUAUUUUACAAGUGACGAGGAUCUGGGCCCCGUUAUCCUCUCCAUCAAACAGGAGACGCUCAAUGGACGGGAUCAGUUUCGUAUACUCGUGCGCGCCGGUUCCUACACGGUGCAUGGACUGAUACCGGCCUCCUGUGUGUUUGCCGAUAGAUAUAAUCGCGAGGAGGUAGUUAGAUCUUUAGGUAAAGAAGUUAAUUUAAAUCCACCAUUAACCUUAGGACAAUUGCCCGAUACGCCCGAGGAAUUAUUAAAAUUAGAUCAGGUUUUUAUAAAAUCCGAAUUAAAAGUCGGCGUCAUAUUCGUCAAAGAGGAACAAUAUAGCGAAGAGCAAAUUCUGGACAAUAAUGAAAAUUCACCGCUCUUCGAUGAGUUCCUCACGCUGCUCGGCGAUCGCGUUCGCCUACGCGGCUUCGACAAAUACAAAGGUGGCCUUGAUACGGUGCAUGACCUCACAGGUCUAUUCUCCGUUUAUACGAACUGGCGCAACAUUGAGAUCAUGUUCCAUGUGUCCACGCUGUUGCCCUACGAGAAACAUGACCCACAGAAGCUUCAACGCAAACGCCAUAUCGGCAACGAUAUUGUCUGUGUCGUAUUCCUCGAAGCGGACAACACCCGCUUCAGUCCCGCCUGCAUCAAGAGUCAUUUUCUGCACACCUUCAUACUGGUGCGUGUCUCAGCGCGCAUUAAGCACAAGCCCACACGCUACGAGGUAUCUGUGGUCACACGCGACGAGGUGGGCGCCUACAAGCCCUACCUAUGGGAGCAGUCGGUCUUCGAGAAGGGGCCAAUGUUUCGCGAGUGGCUGCUAACGAAAAUUGUAAAUGGCGAGCGCGCCUCGUAUUCGGCGCCAAAAUUUGCCAGAAUGCAGGAGCGGACGCGCUCACAGAUGCUCGAGGAUCUGGUGAUGAAUCUAUCGAAUCAUGCUGAAACUGGUCAAAUACCGAAGCCAUAUAGACGCGGCUCCUGGCGGCCCAUUGGUGAGGAUGAAUAUUUCAAAAUGUUGCAUGCCAGAGUACUAGACAACAACAGAUCACAACAACAACAACAACAAUACCAACAACAACAUGAACACAUGAACAACUGUUGCUAUUGUAAUUGCAACGAGCAGCAGCAGCAGCAGCAGCAGCAGCAGCAGCAGCAGCUGGCACUGGGCACAACACACACACACACUAAACAUAACAACAGCAACAACAACGCUGAGCAACGCCAACAGCAACAGCAACAACAAGAACAACAACAACAACUUCGCUGCAAUUUGUGCUGUGCCUCUGUGAUGCACCUCUGUGUGAGGCAUAGCCACAUGCGACCAUCGUCACCGCUGCUGGAUUCGGUAAGGGAUCAGUUCGAGGAUUACGAUCAGCUGGCCAAGGACUUUACGCGUGUAUUUCUAAACGACGAGCCAUCGUGCCUCACAAAUGCCCAUCUGUUCGAUGUGGUCUUUCUGGUGGGCCAGUCCAAGCAGAAGGCGCGUCUCAUUGGGGUACGCGCCAUACUAGGUGUGCGCAGUCGCGUCUUUCAGGAAAUGCUUUAUGGCAUACAGACGGGCUUUGGAUCACCGCAGAUACCCGUUGCCGAGAUCUUUGCACGGCCAGCGCCGUCGCUGGUCUCGCCGCAGAAUCAAAAGCCGAAAAGUAACAACUAUUUAACCGUACCGGAUUCCGAUUCCAUACGACCCAAAAGUGUGCCCUCAUCGCCGAUGGUUAAGCGGGCGUUCUCGCGCCUUGGCACGAUCACGGCCGGCUGGGGUCGUUCCAUACGGAAUAAGAAUACGAAUCAAUUGAAUCCGGAUGAUAAAAAGAAGUGGAUAUCAUCGACAGAUUGUUCGAACAGAGAUAGUAAAGACAAGGAUAAGGACAAGCCGGGCAACAAUCAAUUGGCCAUGCCCCGGCUCUCCGUCUGCGCCGACGCCCAAAAGGUGGACCGGGCCAAGCUAGCCCAAACGGAAUUCAACAUUAUCGAAUUCGAUCCGGAUACGUUUCGUGUGCUCCUGGACUAUCUGCACACGGGCACCUGUCCACUGACCUGUGUCUCGAUACCAGGUCUGCUCUGCGCCGCGGAGCACUAUGAUCUGCCAGAGCUGUUGCAGGCGUGCUUCCAUCACUGCAAGCAGUUCCUGCGCAUCGAGGUCGUCUGCCCGAUGCUAAUCUCGCUGGAGAACUACUACUGGCGUUACACAUCCGCCUCCGAGCUGGUCAACAUGAUACUGUCGUUCGUGGAGAGCAAGGCGCAUGCGCUGUUCAAAUGCCCCGAAUUUCUCCAUCUGUCCGAGUCGAUGGUGCAGAUGAUAAUGUGCCGGGAGCUGCAAACGCCGGAGAUACGUAAAUUUGAGGCGAUGCUCGCCUGGGCGCAGCACAAGGUUGCCAAGCUCAAGAAUCAUCCCAAUAAGGACACACAAUUCGAGUUCGAGUGCAUCAUGGAGCGACUGACGCGCGAUCUAAAUCUGUGCCGCAUCUCGCCCAGCGAACUGCUCACCGUUGUAUUGCCAUCAAAAUCGAUGAAGAACGAGAGGAUCAUGGAGACGCUCAUGGUGCAGGUGAAUCUCGGCACCUAUCGGAUGCCCGAGCUGGAUGCGUACCGUCAGCAGUUGCGACAGCAGGAGUCCGCCGAGGCCACCGUGCAAGUCCACCGGGGUGGAUGAGACAGUAAGAAUCGGCAUAACCCUCCAUUGGAUGCGCGCGCCUAUGCGAUGGCCUCCGUUGCCGUUGCCCUCGAACAUCAACAACAACAGCAACAACUGCAGCAGCAACAACAACUUAAUCAGGUGCAACAGGCGCCGCGCGACGCCACCGAUGACGAGGUGGAGCUGUACGCCAGCUUUGAUAUGGCGCCCAGCACCAGCCGCGUUGCCGCCCAAAUGCAGGCGGCCAAGGAGGCAAGGCGGAAGCGUUGGGCCGCCGACGGCGCCAGCGGCAGCAGCGACGGCGGCUGUGCCAGUGGCAGCAGCGGCAGCGGUCGGCGUUAUUAA